AUGUCGUUGAUUCGGGCAGGCCGGAUAGGCUUGAGAGCAAGCCAGCCGAGCUAUGGCUCCUUGUCGGCUGCCUCUCUGGCGCCCAAGACACUCCGAUUCGCCUCGACUGCAAGCUCCGCUCAUGCCAGCGGAUCGACGGCACAGUCACUCUUCUUCUCGCGCACCUCCGCUUGGUCCUUCACGCUUCUGUCGGCGGGCACGAUGGCCGUGUACGCCAAUGUGUUCGGGCUGCCAUCGCUCUUGCCGGAAGUGAAGGCGAUGACCCCGGCAGAGGAGGGCUUGCACCCGCCUAGCUACCCCUGGGCACACAAGGGACCCUUCGAGGCUUUCGAUCACGCUGCCAUCCGACGAGGCUAUCAGGUCUACAGAGAGGUCUGCUCGUCAUGUCACUCGCUCGAUCGUAUCGCCUGGCGCAACCUCGUCGGCGUCUCACACACAGUAGAUGAAGUGAAGGCCAUGGCAGAGGAGAUAGAGUACGAGGAUGGUCCAAGCGAUACGGGCGAUAUGUUCCAACGACCGGGCAAGCUGGCAGACUACAUGCCGAGACCGUACGCCAACGAUGAGGCUGCGCGAGCGGGCAACGCAGGCGCGCUGCCACCGGAUCUCUCGCUCAUCAUCAAGGCUCGCCACGGCGGCGCUGAUUAUGUCUACUCUCUUAUCACGGGCUACGUCGACGCCCCUGCCGGUCUGACUAUCCCAGGCACGAUGAACUUCAAUCCUUAUUUCCCCGGCACACAAAUCGCAAUGGCGCGCGUGCUGUACGAUGGCCUCGUCGAAUUUGAAGACGGAACGCCCUCAACGACAUCUCAAAUGGCAAAGGACGUCGUCUCUUUCCUCUCAUGGGCAGCAGAGCCAGAGACCGACGAGCGAAAGAAGAUGGGUUUACAGACAGUCUUGGUGCUCUCGACGCUCACCGCGCUCUCCGUCUGGGUCAAGCGAUUCAAGUGGGCACCGAUCAAGACCAGGAAGCUGGUCUACAGCCCUCCACCCAUGCCUCGUACUCACUGA